UCUGUUUGGCAUACGUCGAAAUCGGAUCCCAUAGCUGCGCUUUUGCUGGACCUGGAAAGCUCCGAAAAUAAUUUGCCUUCAUGUGGUCCUUCGUGCUAUUGUGCUGUGGAGGAUAUAAGCGCGAGGGCAUCCACAUCUUCUGCACAAGAAGCAAGCUCACAGUUUUUUGAUGCAAGAAUCCGAUACGGACAUAGGAUAAUGGCUGUGAUGCAAAAGAUCUCUAUUGGAUCACGCUUAUCUGCAGUACUUAUCGGCAAGGAUGGCUUAGAUAUUACUUUGUCGUCUUAUGAAGAAUUAAAUGGGGAACAGAUUUGGCAAAACACCCCUCUACUUUCCGUGCUUGGCAAACAACUCGCUUUGCCUCCACGUAAUGUCAAAAAGAUGGCAUAUUAUAAGAAUAUGACCGCACAGUUUUUUCAACUUAUAAAAUGGUGGGAAGUUCCCACGAGAAAAGUUGUCGCAGUUGUUCUCCGUUUUUGUGACUGA